AUGACCGAGUCCAACACCACCACUCCAGCAAAAGAACCAAGUGCAACCUCGCCAGCAAAAGAUGGUGAGAAGCAGCAGAGAAAGCGGAUGAGAGUGCCUACAUCGUGCUCGGUGUGUCUGAAACCAGUUUGUGGGAGUUGUACAAAGAGUAGUGUUUCUCAUUUGUGCUUCUAUGAGGAGCCUUCAUGGAUCAGUUCAGAUGAGUUGUUGAAACAUGCUAAACAAGGGAAACAAUCUCAAGAUCAUCAAUCGAAUAAUGUGGUAAAUUCCGAUAAUAACGGAUCUUCAUUAAAUGUUAAUGAUUUAUCACCUGCUGUUCAAAGUAAAAUUGAAAGUCUGAAUGACAAAAUUAAACAAUUAGAAGCUUCCAUUGCUGUUACAGAAUUAUCAAGAUCAACGUUACCAGCUUUCAAUAGCAUUCAUACAAAUCAAAAUAGUGUAUCACCACAACCUCAACACCAACACCAACACCAACAAAAUCAACAACAAAGACAACAUGAUCAUAAUAAUCAACAACAUCAAAGUCAAAACUAUUAUCAACCUCAACAGGCUCCAUAUUUCUCUCAGCCAAUAAUGACUCCUCAACCAACUAUCCCUAAUAAUCAACAAUUUUAUCAACAAAGACCUUCAAGUAUUAAUAUUCCAUCAUCCAUACCUCAAACGGCACCAGUAUCAAUCCCACCAUUGAAUGAUUCAACAGCAUCAUCAUCAACAUAUGAUAAUAAAUAUGACUUAGAUUUAAAUGAAAAAGUUGAUUUAUACGGUUUUUUCCCCUUCAUGAUUAAGAAAAGAAGAUUAGAAUGUCAUGGUCCAUUAUCAUUAUUAUCUUGUAUGAAAAGAGAUAUUUUCCUAAGAGUUUUAUGGUCUCAUGUUUGGAAAACUUUAGAACAUGCAAGAAUUCAAGCUUUGGAAAUAGAAAAAGCAAAAAAACAAACAAAUGACGUUGAUGAUGAUGAUGAUAAUUCUCAAAAAAAUCCACCAAAAGCUUGUGAUUUAAUUGAUCAUAUUGAUCCAAUAACUACACAAACUAUAACCCAAGGGAAAUCUUCAACUUUACAUAAAGAAUUGAAAAAAGCUAAAAUGGCAUCAAAAAUUGAAAAUUUUAAAAAUUCAAAUAAAUCAAUCGAUCAAAUUAUAUUAGAAUCUUUACCUUCUAGAAAAAUCAUAAUGAUUCUUAUAUUCAGAUUUUUCAAAUUUGUUUAUCCUUUCUUACCAUUUGUUGAUGAAGGUACAUUCCUUUUUGAGUUAGAAACAAUUUGUCCAAUUGAUUAUCAAGAUUCUAAUGUUGAAUCAUUAAACAUUUCAAAUAAAUACGAUUAUUGUAUUAUUGGUUUAUUAUUGUUGAUUAUAAAAUUAGGUUAUUUAAGUAUAACUGAGGAAGAAUUAGAGUCAAAACCUGACUUAAAACCUCUCCAAGGUUAUAAACCAAACUCAAAUUUAAUUACAGCUGUUAAAUUAUGUUUAGAUCAAUAUAAACAUUGGAGAAAACCAUUUUGUUUAAGAUUCAUGCAAUUAUAUCUUUAUUUUAGACUUUAUUUUAAAUUCUGUCCUGAAGAUGAUGAUGUUAAUGAUAGUUCUGAAUCUCAAAUCUUAUUAGGAAGUUUAUUUUCAAAUGCUUAUGCUCUUGGAUUACAUAGAGAUCCAAACAUUUUAGCUGAAAUGACCAAAACUUCUAAAAGAAAAGUUCAUGCAGAAACUUGGAGAAAAGUUUGGUAUAAAUUACUUGAACUGGAUACUACUGAAAGUAUUGUUACUGGACUACCUUUACAUGUUAUUGAUGAUCGUUCUUAUGAUACUAAAUUACCUUCGGAGGAUGAUGAUUACGAUGAAACUGAUAAAUUUAUUGUGAAAGAUUUUAAAUUUGUUCAACUAAAAAAUGAUUUAUUUAGACAAGUUUCAAUUGCAAUUUUAAAUAUUAAAAAUCAACCAAAUGUUAAAGAUAUAUUACAUUUAAUUAAAAAAUUGGAAGUUUUCCAAAGUUCUCAGAUUGGAUCUUUAAAAGAUAUAUUAAAUGAUUCAUCAUUAUCAAAAUAUGCAAUUGUUAAAAAAGUUACUUAUUUAUUUGAAGUUUCAACAAUUUUAUUAAAUUUAAAUACAAUUAUGUUCGAAUUUUAUCAAAAAAAAUCAAAUACCAAGAGAACUUUAGAAUUCUUGGAAUCAAGUUUAAAAAUUUCUCUUAGAAUUAUAAAUACUGCAAUGAAUUUAGCUUAUAAUGAAAAUUUAUAUGUUGGUAAAGGAUUUUCAUAUUAUUUUAAACCACAUGGUUCAAAUCCAAUUGUUAGAGCUUUUUUAUUCUUAACAAGUAUUGCACUUAGAUUAUCACAAGUUAAAAAGUUAGCAAUUAGAAAUAAUGAACAAUCAACAACAAGAUUUAAUAUUUAUGAGAAAUUUUCAAAUUUGAUAAUCUUUAAUAUGGAAAAUACAUUACAAUUAUUAACUAAAAUGUCAUCAUCACAUUAUAAUUUCUCCAGAUUAGUUACUGCAUCAAGUAUUUUAUGCCAUGUUAUUAAAAAACCAGAUUUUGAUUUUGAUCAAGCUGGUCUUAGUGCAGUUGGUGAUAAAACUGGUAAUGAUAACUUAAUGCAUAAUCAUUUACAAGAUUUGACUGUUGAAGACUUACCAUCAAAUAACAUAUUUUCAGAAUUAUUAGAAUCAGAAUUAUUACAUCUUAUGGAUUUUACAAAUUCAAGUUUAGUUACAAUUUUACAACCUGUGAUCAAAAAAUCUAAAAAAUCACAAAAUAAUUCAAAUAAUAAUCAAAAUAAUCAAAAUCAAAAUAAUCAAAAUAAUCAAAAUAGUUUUAAUGAUUCUAAUAAUGGUUAUAAUUCAAAUUCAAGUGGUCAAUUUUAUGAUCCAAUAAAUGGUUUAACGAAAAGAUCAUCUAGUUUGUCAACUGAUUCUUCAUCAAAUUUUAAUUUAUCACCAUCAGCAAUCAAUCAAAAUAAUAUUUUUAACCUUGAUAACGAAGAUUUAAACAAAUUACUUGGUGUCCCAAAUCUUGAUGAUUUAAAUAAUCAAACAUUUGGUAAAUUUGAAUCAAAUUUUGGAUCAAUUAGUGAGGAAUAUGCAAGUUUAUUUGGAAUGUUUGAUGAAAUUAAUAAUGAAGCCGAAGCUAUUGGUAAAUUUUGA